CAUAUGCUGCAUCGCUUUGAGUCGACAGUUGAGUAAAAAAAGGUUGCGGGCGUCCAGUGCGCGUCGUUGUCUUGGCAUCUCUCUUGUCACAGAUCACAUACUGUACACAACCGCGCCUAAAGGAACUGGACAGGAUGAGGACUUGCUUACGCGGCGUUGGCCGCGCCCACAAGCGCGCUGAAAGGCUACACCGGGGUCACACGCUGAGCGCACCGACACCUGGGACGUGCGCUGCCAGUCGCUAUGUGGGGACUAAGGCGAUGACAGAGACGGCGGUGUUUCUGGAGGAAAUCGCAGUAUCUCAAACCCCCAAGCGGCUGCAGGGGCUUAUGCGGGUGUUGGAGGCUCGCGGUGGCGUCUCGCUGUCCCCUGCGGAUCGCCGGGGAUUGCACCCGCUGCUGGUGCCGCUGUCGGCGCAGGGGGAUGCUGUGACGUGCCUGCUGCGCUGGCCAGAGCCGUCGCAAUACAAGAGCAUGCCGCUGCCGGUCGUGUGUAUGACCCGUGGGUCGGUUGGCAUGACGCUGGUGGCCCGCAGCGUUGACGAGUACCUGCACCGCCAGCCAGCCAGCCAGCCAGCCAGCCGGCAAGGGUGCCAAUCGGUUAUUGCGGGUUAUAAGCCAUCAGGCAAUGCGUCUGCGGAGUAUGUUAUUGGCUUUGCCGCUACAUUUGUGAAUGAUCGGCUGCUAUGGUCCGGGGCCUUCACUGUCAUGCGUGUAUCGGUAAAAUGUGCCCGUCGCUACCAUGCACGGGCCUCUGUUUUUGUUGCCGGUGCUUUUCAUGUCAGGUUACUGGCAGAGGAGGAUUUAGCGGCAGCGUCCUGUGGCGAUCGGCCGCUGGCUGACGCCGCCGGGCCCGAUGCCGAGGGCCUGUUCCGGUCCGGGGAUGUGGCAGCUGCGGGGCUGGGUGGCGGCAGCCGGGCGUCCACCUCCUCGACGGGCGCGACGCAGGGCAGCCAACAACAACAGCAGCAACAGGGUCUGGCGAUGUACUUAAUACGCAAGGCGGGCAUGUUUCCGGACGUUUCUCUCCCCAUCGAUGCGGAGCGAGUCAUGUACCUGCUAAGCGAGGAGGCGGCGGCGGCGGCAUCCGCAAAUGUGAACCGGUUCAACUACCGCGAACCGAAAAGCGCCAAGCAGUUGGCACUGGAGCGGGCUACCGCACUGAUGAACCGAGUGGUGGCGGGUGACUUGGUGUCGUACGACGCCAUCCGGGAACCGCUGGCGGAGGCGUACGCGGAGGCGGGCCUCAGUGACGUCGCCAACUUUAUUCAGGCGGCCUAGAAGUCCAGUGGCCGUUCGUUGGUCAGUAUUGGUCAGUUGGUCAGUCCACCCAUCAAUUAGGGUUCCAUCGACGGCAUCUCCACGACAGUCGUUUGUCAGUGCAGGGCAAGUUGGGGUGGCUUCAGUGUGACGGUUGACCCACCCACCUGCUGUCUAGGGCUGACGGCAGUGCGCAUUUGGCCGCUGAAGAAUAGCGUUGUUGGUUGGGCCUUAAAUUGGGCCUCUGGGGAAGAGCGUGAAGCUGCAUUGCCCCUAAGACAUCCAGUAAAGCUUCCAGUUACGCCGUACGCGGCUUUGCUUAUAGUUUAUGGCGUUGAUGGUGUAGUGUUGUUGCCGGUGGUGCUGAUGGAAUACGGAUGGUUUGUGAUGGUUGUGGUCCUUACCUCGUCGUCGUUGUUCCUACUAGUCGUCGUCGCGCUUAUUAAUUCCACAAUGCUGGUUCGCAUUCUUAAUUGGCAUGAGCC